GGCAAUCAUUGCGAAAAGUGCCGUGUGUGCCAAUAGGUGUUGCUCGAUCUCGUUCAAUUAUGAAGUUCGGGAUCGAAGUGUUGAAAGAUCAGUUGGAGGAAAUGGUUAAGAAGAAGAGGUUGGGACACUUUGUGUAUGCGCUCAAAUCAUUGAGCUCAGAUCUCCGAACGGAAUGCCAAGCGUUACAACCAAUAUUCCGGAUGAUUUUGGAACAACCCGGUUGUGAGUUUUUCGUGUAUGCAUACGUAACGCAUUUGGCUGGUCAUGAUACGCCUUUCGAUACAGGAGAAUACCCGAUUCACAUUGCGGCACUGUCGCAUCAGGAAGCAAAUCUCAAGAUGCUGUUGUCUUGCCAACAUUCCACUGUAGACCAAAAAACGCAACCACCAGCCAACAAAACUGCGCUAGAAUUGCUUUGUGAGCAAAUUACGCGAGACACGCUCAUAAAGACUAUGAAAUGCUUAUCGGUACUGUUGAGCUAUAAUGCCAACAUUCCUGCUUCCUGGCUCGACGACUCUUACCCGGAAGCGAGUAAACGCCAACAGUUUUUAAAAACUCUGUCGCAAAAGUGUAACAUUGCGAACAACGAAGUCAACGAUUUUGACCAAACAUUGGAUGUGCUUGUAACAGAGGCUCAGUGGAAAGUAAGAGAAUUAUUUCAAACCCGAAUUUUUCCAAACGCUACGGAAAGCCAAACGGUGCCGGAAGGGAUUCUUUUAAAAUGUUGUAAAAUUGGUGACUACGACAUGCUAAAGUACUUAUUCGAAACCCUUACCGAGGAUCAACUGAAACGCCUUUUAUUAGCUAAGAAAACGAAUGAAGCAUACGUCGAAGAACAUCUGCUCAUUGUGCUGAUGCAUCGUGUCAACGAGAACGAUAACGAUUGUCCCUUUUACAAGUGCCUGACGCUUUGUUUAAGCAAUCCACUCAUAGACAUAGACGAUGCCGAUCGUACAGAUCGUCGGGCAUUGGACUACGCGGCCAAGUACAAGCUAAAGCGCGUUCAGAAGCUACUCCUAGAGAAAGGCGCCUAUGUCGGUGGCAGAGACACCUUUGGCCGAUAUGCUUUGUGCAACAUCGAUCCGAUCGUGCUUAAGCAACAUUUAGACAACUGCAUUUACACUAUUGGCGAAGGGUACGAUGGUAGAGAGUCCAAUCAAAGCCACAUUUUCGUGAUGCUUCUCAAUUUCAUUCCACCGCAGUGCAAAACGAGCCACUGGAAGCGAAGCAAAAAAUCGUGGAACGCUUCGGACAAAAGCAUUCUGUCAGCGCUGAUCGAGUUUACUAACGAAUCGGAAAUAUCUGCAUCGAACGAUAUAAACAAGGAGACUCGGCUUCAGCUUAUAGAGCAUCCGGUAGUAUCCACCUUGCUGUACAUACGCGAAGUCGCAACGUCCCGGUGGUAUAUAGAGGUGUUGAAAGCAGUGAGAGCUCUGCCUUUCCUGUUACUGCUGAACGGCUGCUUCAGGCUGUGGGAUUGGGCUAGUGACCAGAAUAUGACCAAAUUUACAUUAGUUAUUCUAUUCGUUCUUUUUCUUUUCGAAGUCAUUCGAUAUGUUUGUGAGAUAGUUUGGGCUGGCCAAGAGAACCAGACGGUACUUUGGCGUGAACUUCGGCAGUUGCGAUUUUACACGAUGCUGGGAGAAUUAGCACUAUUUAUAGCACUAAUGCUACAAGACUCGUUCGUCAACAAAUCGGUGCUCACGAUUAGGACAGUGCUGGUGGGCAUUGCGCUAAGACGGUGUAUGGCCAGUUACAGCAAACUCGCCAACGAUGUCUACAACCUCGACACGGUGCUUGCGAAUAUCUGCAGGAGUUUAGCAGUGUAUUCGUUCAUUUUCAUUCUAUUGGCAAACAUUUUACUCGAGAACGAUCAGGGCACAGAUCAACCACCCGGGCAAUUGCACACCGACAAUGACACGACUGUCGAUGCAACAUAUAUCACACUGAAAUCGGUAAAUGUGUGGGCUAAGCUGUUGCAGACUAUUGCCUUGUUCACAGGGGAGUUGAAUACCAGCGAGAUGCAGUUCAACACAUGGAGUGCCAUUGCGUUUGUACUGUUCUUAAUCAUCUUAACGGUUGCGGUCAACAAUUUGUUGGGGGCUUCAGCUGUCGCAGACGUGUCGGCUAUCAGGAAGAAGUCUACUCAACACGAGAUUUGCGUCCGAACUGGACGUCUUUGGCUGUAUGAACAAUUCUCAAAAUUCUUCGGCAACGUCUUUAUCCCCCAUGGCUGUCAUGACGUCCAUUAUGUUGAGAUGCAAUUGGAAAACGACAAUCAAAUAAAACUGAACAAACUGUCAGGCACCGUCGUCGACUUUCCUGUGAAUACGAGCGCCGAAUUUGCAGCAGCCCUGAAAAAUCACAUCUUUCUAUCCAGCACAUCCUGAGACAAUGAGGCGCUAAGCGUUCAGCAUCCUUCCGACAUCAUCGCACAGUGAUCCUACACAGGCCAUCCACGCAGGUGGUUUACCUCUAUUGGGUGAAGAUGCUAUGAAUGGCAAGCGGAGUCUUUGACACUUAGACAUUGGCACUGUGUGAACCUUUUACAUGGUUCACGCAACGUUUCGUUUUUUUGUACACAGUUUAAUCGUACAGAACAAGUAUACGAUUGUAUUUUGAUAUUAAAGUUUAUUUCAAAACUAAAUAAACUGCAAACUUAUUCAUUCAUUUUCAAAUUCAUAUUUUUUCUACCCGCGAAGGAAGAGUGCUCGGUGAAUUCGAGCAGAUUGACCAUACACACUGAGGACUGUUUAUUAAAGGCUUAAUUAAAGGAUUACGUUGAAGGCUUUGAGGGAAGAGUAUUUUUAUUUAUUCUUACUCUUUUUCUUUGAGCGAAAGGUACCGAUGUCUUUUCUUAGGUACCAAAAAAUCAUGAAAUGAUUCGCGCCGUGUAAACACAAUAAUGCACGCGAUUCAUUUUUACAGCGCGAGCGAUUUUUUUUUUGUGGUGGUAUUAGAAAGAUUCGUUAUCAAAGAAGCGUACCGUGUACAGAGACCUAUUCAUACACCAUGACUGUGGGGCAAACUGCUCGCACAUUUUAAAGCGGAUCAUCAGUACGCUCUGAGCGAUCUCAGUAAACAGUAUUGAAGCACUGGAGUGAGCGAGCUGAUUUCGUUGAAGCAUGGUGUGCAACACAGGGAAAGGAUUGAUUGGGGUAAAGUGUUUGAGUCGCUGUUCGUUAAGUGCCAGUUUUUAUUCGAAAAAAUGUUGUUGCCACCUUACAGCCUGAUGAAAUUAACGUGUCUGGCCCACAGGAACUCUUAAUCCCCCCAUUUCGUAGUGAUGAUGACUCUCUCUUCUCACACGACCAACGCACCCUUCAAAAUGGAUACAAUCAUUAUGAGUGGGCAACCAAAAGCUUACCAGAUCAAACUACCUUACUUUGUGAAACCGUGAAUAGCUAUAUGUUUGCAGAGGUGCCUCAAAAACAUUCCGACGAUAAGCGGAAACGACUUUUAACAAAAAAGGGACGGAAUGGAACAUACGAGCAAGAACAUCUGCUCAUUGAACUGAUACAUUGUGUGAACGAGAACGAUAACGAUUGUCCCUUUUACAAGUGUCUGACGGUUUAUUCAAACGAUCCACUCAUAGACAUAGACGAUGCCGAUCGUACAGAACGUCGGGCAUUGGACUACGCGGCCAAGUACAAGCUAAAGCGCGUUCAGAAGCUACUCCUAGAGAAAGGCGCCUAUGUCGGUGGCAGAGACACCUUUGGCCGAUAUGCUUUGUGCAACAUCGAUCCGAUCGUGCUUCAGCAACAUUUAGACAGCUGCAUUACUUACGAUCGAAGUGGCAACAUUUCCGUGAGGUUGGACAAUUUCAUUCCACCGCAGUGCAAAACGAAGUGCCAAUCGAGCAGAAACGAAGAAUCGUGGAACGCUUCGGACGAAAGCAUCCUUCCAGCGCUGAUCGAGUUUACCCACGAAUUGAAAAUAUCUGCAUCCAUCGAUCGACUGCAACUUUUGGAGCAUCCGGUAAUAUCCACCUUGCUGUAUAUACGCGAGCCACCGUUCAAGUGGUACAUAGAUGCGUUGAAAGCAGUGAGAGCUCUCCCAUUGCCUGUGUGUGUGGUUUGCCUUUUCCUACCGAAAUGGUGGUUAAUCUUUGUUACACAAGUGAUUCUAGGCGUUCUGUACAUGUAUGAAGUCUUCAAAAAUGGAGCUUACUUGAAAAACAUCUUUCGUUGUGCGAAAAGGUCUCUUUUCCUAGCGGAUGUAUCGAUUCUUGCAACCAUGUCGGUGGAGUUUAUUUUAUUCACUUUUAUCGUUGGGAAGACCAUGGUUUUCAAGAAGCCCUUGUUAGAUGCGUCAGUUUUCUCCUGUACGACAGUGCUGGCGGGCUUUGCCAUGGAAAGGUGCAUUGGCAGUUACAAUCCAUUGGCAAACCAUAUACACGCGCUGGAUAUUGUGAUGGUCAAGUUCUGGACCAGUUUCGUCGUGUAUUCGUUUAUUCCAAUCAUAUUCACACUCUGCUACUACUCUUAUUACUCAGCAGAAGUAAACAGCUCGGAUGUGUGUACUUUUGUUAAAUGGUGUAUCGUACAGUUCAAGCCGCUUGCUUUUGAAGCAUCAGUUUUGUUUAUGGUUUUGUUGCUAUUUUCGGCAGUCGGCAAUGUUCCGGAACAGAUUGAUCGGGAAUGUAGACGCCUAAAAGUGGUUUUAAAACUUUACCAUAUUUCAAUGCGCGAAAACAUGAUGGCUGUCUUUUCCAAGGAAAACAAGAGGUUGGACAUUUUAAGCGGGUGAGUCACUGUUUUAUAUUUACCCCUACCAUGAUGUCAGUUGCGUUGAGCUGAUACCUAGGAACAACAACGAUGUACUGCUGCACAGAUUAAAUCCGUCGCGACGAAAUCCUGAGGCGCUGCCAUGGAGUAUAGAUGGGGAAUUUGCACAGACUCUAGCAAAUGCUGCAACAUACCGUAAACAGGAACCGGCCACGAAACUAAGAGCAAAACUUUGACACACAAUGAUGAAUCUUACUGCGCUAACUAAUCGCCGACAUUCGCGGAUCUACUGCUUGUUCUUUGGCCCGGACUAUCUCAUGUUUCGGACGUGUUGGCAAAUGCCUCCUCUGAAUCGAGAGCUCUCCGUGCGUUCGUUCCAAAAGAGCGCUGCGGUUUUUGAAAAGGAAAGAACAAAAUACUACUUCUUAUUCUUCCUUGGCACUACUUCCCGGAAAGGUCUUGGCCUGUCAUUUCUGGCUUUCUGUGAGUUGAUGUUACCCGCAGUAAGCUAGCACAACACUGCGCACGGGAUGGGAUUGUAGCCCCGGUCCUGUCGCGUGAAGCCCGGCGGCGUUAUGGCCUCGGCCCGCCAUUAAUUGACGUACAUAUGAUGUGUCCGGAACGGAAACAAACGGCUAUCAGUUUUUUUUCUGAGAAUGAAAGAAUUUGAUUAAGAAAAGCUCGACAACGUCAUAACAAACAGUUUAUGACUAACUUCUUGCCUUGUUAUAACGAGAUGCUUUGUGACGUAGGAAAUGAGAUCAGCUUGUACGCCUCAAUGACUAUCACAAUUCGUCAUUAUUGACGCUGUGAGCUUGUGGUUUUUUCUAUUAAUUAGAGACGACUUGGCCAUUUUGUUGAUCAUGUUUGGGUUGGUUAGCUGGUUGGUAAGAUGCCCUGGUUAGCUGUAGAAAAUUACAUUCUGGUAUAAGAUUUAAGAAGAUAAUUUAGGAAAACAAGACCUUUUAACAAAACCAAAGCUGAUCCAAAGCUGAACCAAAGCUCUAAAGAAGUGAUUUAAUUACAUCAAAUACAAGGUCAGCAAAUGCUCCUCAUUUGAUGACUCAACAUCUAUUAUAGGAAAUUUUAAUGAUUUUAUAGCAAUUGUUUGUUUUUUUUAUAUGAAGGAAAUAAUAAUAAAGCGAUAAGGUUUAAUCUCUGCGUA